UUUACCAGUUGAAUAAAAACCUGUGAGCACCAGACACCAACCCACUUACUCUCGAGCCUAGAUUAACGUUAAUAACGAUGUUGUGUUGUAGACUCGUGGUUGUUUCGCUUUUAGUUGCUGUGACCAUUGGCUGCACGUGGAUCCCCAGGGUCGACCAACAGAACUAUUGCUAUGCAGAUUAUGCAUUUGAAGCGGAAGUCAAAUCCCCGAAAAAUCUGAUGGGUUUAUACUACAAGUAUGAGAUCUACAUCCACACCGUGUUCAAGGGCGAUAUCAAGGAAAAAUUAGCCACUGAUACCAUAUACGGAGAUGGACCAUAUCAUUCCUGUGGACGCCAGAUUCUAAAACCAGAUACCACAUACCUGAUUUACGCUAAAGAAAGGGAUGACAAAGUAAAGAUUGUUUCUUACAAAAAAAUCGACAUGGUCAGUGACGACGAUAAAAUGAGAAUGACGACUAAAUACGACUGUAGCUGUAAGAUAAAAUUCAAUUAUGACAAAAUAAGGGGUGUCCCUAAUGCCCCAAAACUACCGGCAGCCACUGAAAACGAAUGUAAUGUUCCGGAUGACUGGUGUUCGAAGAACGCUUAUUGUAAGCGAAACGACGAAGGCCAGUGCACCUGGGGAGAGCUAGGAUCCUGUAACUAUGAAUAACAAUGUCAUACAAUCUAAAGAUCAAUAAACUCCUAAGACUA